UUUCUGAAUAUUUUUAUAAAUAUUCUUAAAAUCCUGCACUUUUUUCUGCCUUAUACUGCAGCACUAUCCUUUCCUCCUGCAUUUUUAUUAUUAAACAAAAACAUUAGGAAAUUGGGGAAGAUACUAAAAAUAUCUCCAGGACUGAGUUGGAGUUGGGGUUGUUUUUCUUGUUUUGUGCACUUCUCAGAUGAAUCCCUAGUUUUGUUACAAGGUCCUUUGUACUGUAUACAAUGGAGCAUGUAGAUAAAGGAAAAGAAUCAUCAAAUAGUGACAAUGAAGUAGAAGCCACAAAUUCUCCAAUUAUUUGUGGCCUUCCAGAUGAUAUUUCUCUUAUGUGCCUGGCAAGAAUUCCUAGAAAAUAUCAUUCUGUCCUGAAGUGUGUCUCAAAGAGAUGGAGGGACUUAAUUUGCAGUGAAGAGUGGAUCUGUUAUCGCCGAAAGCACAAACUCGAUGAAACCUGGAUUUAUGCUUUGUGCAAGGACAAAUCAAAGGAGAUUUUCUGUUAUGUUUUGGAUCCAACUGACCCCAUAAGAUAUUGGAAGCUCGUUGGUGGUCUUCCACCUCACAUCUCAAAAAGAGAAGGCAUGGGUUUUGAAGUGUUGGGAAAUAAGCUAUUCUUAUUGGGUGGUUGUAGAGAGUUUCUAGGUUCUACAAACGAGGUUUAUUCAUAUGAUGCCUCCUCAAACUGUUGGGCUCAAGCUACUUCCUUGUCAACAGCUAGGUACAACUUUGCUUGUGAAGUUUUGGAUGAAAAACUAUAUGUUAUCGGGGGAAGUGGUUCAAAUUCAAGUGAUCAUUCUUGGGAGACUUUUGACCCUUUGACAAAUUGUUGGACAUCUCAGACAGAUCCUAAAAUUGUUUCUGAAAUUAAACAUUCAGUGGUUCUUGAUGGGAAUAUAUACGUUCGAUGUGCCAGAUUUUGUGCAAAUCCUCGUGUAUUUUCUGUUGUCUAUAAACCAUCUAGUGGCACAUGGCAGUAUGCAGAUGAUGACAUGGUUUCAGGAUGGACAGGUCCUGUAGUUGUUGUUGAUGGUACCCUUUAUGUCUUGGAUCAUAGUUUGGGAAGAACUAGGUUAAUGAUAUCACUUAAAGAAGGACGCGAGUGGAUACCCGUUGGAAGGCUAUUACCUUUGCAUACUAGACCACCCUUUCAACUUGUUGCAGUUGGUAAAAGCAUUUUUGUUGUUGGGAGAGUGCUUAGCACUGUGGUUGUUGAUGUUGGUGAUUUGGGGAAUGAGGAUCAGGUGAUUGUGGGUUCUGCUGUACCCGGAUUAUUAUUUGAUGUCAAUGUAUUAAGUGUUAAAUGCUUGUCAAUCUGAAGCAUUAUGUUAAGAGACAUGUAUCAAUGUUGCAUGAUACUUUUUUCUUUUCAUAUUACAAUGAUAGUACUGAAGUUUGAACGUGUGACUUAUAUGUAAAUUACUCUAAUCCGGCAUUUGCAUUGUCAAUCCUAGUGGUAUGUUGCAUAAUUGGGACUGUGUUUGUACUUAUUUGCGUGGGUUACUCUGUUUGACUACUUUGUAUUUCUUGGGUCAGUCCACUUUGGGAUAAAGUGAUAUUUUUAGUCACAACUUCAUUCCCAAGUCAAGGAUCGAUCUCCAUUGCCAACAACUUUGGAUUGCCAAAAAUAUGAAUCUUAAUAAUCUCAUAAA